UGUGACGUGACGUAUAAUCUAGUGGACGGGACACCUCUUCGACAACGACAGCUAAUCAGUCACUUAGAUAGCUUGCUAGCCAACAAAUACGAACAUAUUUGAGCUAUUUAGACGUUUUCGGUGUAUAUUAAUCACUGUGUUUUAAACACACGUCUGUCGUAUCUACUAGUUACCCAUCCCAGCUUCAUAUUUACGUUGUCGGGUUGCUAACUGGUUAAAUUAGCAUUAGGCUAGUAGCUUAUGCUAACUAUCUAAAUUGGCUUUCUUAAUAACAUUCCGGACCAUGAGCUCACUAAACUACUCUCCCCCUGCAAAAGAAGAGGACGUCUGCUGGACCGAGAAACAGUGUCUGUGGCUUAAUAUUGUCGUGAAAGAAGAGGAGGAAGAGAAGGAUGUCACAGUGAAAGGCGAUGAAGAAGCUUCCAGAGUGAAAGCUGAGGAUCAGGAAGAGAUUACUGUCACAACGAAAGAGGAGGACGAGGAAGAAGAGUAUGAGACUGGAGAUAUGAUUAACACCACAGAGAGACCAGACUUGGCAGAGGAACCAGAGCCAGAGACUUCGAACCAGCAAGACGACAUCACUGUUCCUACUGUGGAAAGAGCUUUAACCAGUUAG